AUGCCUGGUGAAAAAAAGCAGCGCGGCACCAGCUCUCGAGCUGAGCCUUAUCCGGUGCGAACUUCUUCUCGCAUUCGUGCGGCCCGCAACGCCUCCGAGCAGCCAGAGAAGAAGCACUCUAACGAGGCAAAGGAAGUCAAGAAAGUUGACGACGAAGAUGUCGACGAGGAGAUUUACCGUGAUUCUCUUCAAGUCAGGGUGGCCAGCUCUGGUGCUCUCCAGCCCUACCGUGCCCUGCCUUCGCCUGAUGAUGAUAAAACUGAGGUGACGGCUGGUGAAAUUGCUCUUCAAACCUAUGGAGUCGGGAUCAAAAUUGACAGUGUUCUUUGCAAGAAGCUGUCGGUUGAGCCUGCCCUCCGCGAGGUCAAGCAGCGCCGUCCCGAGAUGGCUCUCAACAUGACACGCCGCAGCAAUGUCGAGGCUUUCCUCGGCCAACUCACCGGAGUCUCCGUUGUGCGCCCGUGCAAGAACUGUAACAAAGGCCACGGCCCUUGGAACGAAUGUAUCAUCUACGAUGGUCAGAUGUGUGGCAGCUGCACCAACUGUUGGUUCAAUGCAAGUGGCUCUCGCUGCACCUUUCACGAGAGUAACCAGACCUCUAUCUAUGAACCUACUCCCAGGUACAACCCACGAUCUGCCGGAAACCCUACGCAGCACCAGCAGAUUGAGCAGGCUCCGGUUGCGACUACUCUUGUCAGACGUCAGCCUCGUCGCAACUACUCGACCCCUCCUCCUUCGCAGCAAUCUUCCCAGAACUUCAUGCAGCAAGUUGGGGUUCAUGUCAGCAACUAG